CGGAUCGGACAUCAUCGAUCGACGACCACACCGGCCAGUGCCAGUACGUACCACGACAUGAUGAUGGCAGCCGCCUACUACAAGCAGGUGUCCUCCCGCGCCGUCGCCGCUGCGCUACUCUGCCUGCUCCUGGCUCAUGGCACCAGCUGCGGCGGCUCCAAGCACAAGACCGGGCGGCACAAGGCCGCCGCCGCCGCACCGACGACGACACCACCACCGAAUUCCAGCGCCGGCGACGGGUCGUGGCUCAACGCCCGGGCGACGUGGUACGGCGCCCCCAACGGCGCCGGCCCGGACGACAACGGCGGCGCCUGCGGCUUCAAGGGCGUGAACCUGCCGCCCUUCUCGGCCAUGACGUCCUGCGGGAACGAGCCGCUCUUCAAGGACGGCAAAGGAUGCGGCUCCUGCUACCAGAUCCGCUGCGUUGCCCACCCUGCUUGCUCCGGCAUCCCGGAGACGGUCAUCAUCACGGACAUGAACUACUACCCGGUGGCGCCCUACCACUUGGACCUCAGCGGAACAGCCUUCGGCGCCAUGGCCAAGGACGACCGCAACGACGAGCUCAGGCACGCCGGCAUCAUCGACAUACAGUUCAAGAGAGUUGCUUGCCAGUACCCUGGUCUGACGGUGACCUUCCACAUCGAGCGCGGCUCCAACCCCAACUACCUGGCGGUGCUUGUGGAGUACUCCAACGGCGACGGCGACGUGGUGCAGGUGGACCUCAUGGAGUCGCGGGCGGAGGACGGCGAGCCGACGGGGGUGUGGGAGCCGAUGCGCGAGUCGUGGGGGUCCAUCUGGCGGAUGGACACCCGCCGCCCGCUGCAGGGGCCCUUCUCGCUGCGCGUCACCAACGAGUCCGGCAAGACGCUGGUGGCGGACCAGGUCAUCCCCGCCGACUGGCAGCCGGACAACGUCUACAGCUCCAUCGUCCAGUUUGAUUGACGAUUCUUCAUCAUUAUCAUCGCAGCCAUGCAUUUUGCAUUUGCGCUCCAUGCAUGCGUGACGAUUAUAUAUACAUGUAUACAUAUACUACUACUAGGUGACGUCGCUUGUGAUGUCCGUCCGAUCCCAUCCUAGCUAGUGCGUUGCGUUGAAUGUUGCUGCUUAAUUUGUGACUUUGUUACAUGUGUGCUAGCAAGACAUAUAUGUUAGUUGGUUGUACCAACUUUCUUUACUACUGUAACUGCCUCUCUCUCU